AUGUCCAACCAAGACAUUCAUCCAAAUAAAUACAGUGAACUGCGAAGUAUCCACAAACACUACAUUGAUUCAUAUAUUGCUUUGUAUCAGCUGAAAACGGAAAAAGAAGAAGAAUUAAAAGAUAUUUACAAAAUGAUCAAAAUAGAACUAAUUGACUCAAAGAUAUACCCACCAAAAAAGAUUAUGGAAGACAUUUUAAAUAUCAUUCCGUAUAAAAAUCGCUAUACAAAGUCAUAUUUAUCUCUUGCUAAACUCAUUUCUGAUGAUUAUAAUGUGGAAGAGGUCAAAAAUAUUCCAACAAGUUCUAUGCUCUUGUUUUACAAAGAAUAUGGAAUUAAAUUAGACAAAUACAAAGAUUUCAAAAAAAUUGACUCAGAAAAUCUGGAUAUUCAUACAGAAAAUACAAUUUACAGAGCAAUUAUGUAUAAUAACAUAGAAACAUUUAUCUCAUUCACGGAAAGAGAAGGAUUUGAUAAAGAUCAAAAACUUGAAAGCAUUUUCUAUUGUAUUAAUAGAGUAGGUUUACUUGAAUUAUGCUGUUAUCAUAGUGCGGUUGAUUGUUUCAAAUUCCUAAGGACGAAAUUUAGUUCAGAAAUAACUCAAACAUGUCUACAAUUUUCAUUUUUAGGGGGAAAUCAAGAAAUCAUGAGUGAAUGUUUGAAAUAUCACAAACCAACUAAAGAUUGCAUGAAAUACGCAAUUAUUUCACACAACAUUGAUUUUGUUACAUUCUUGAUGAAUGAAUUCAAUAUCAAGAUCGAUUUGGAUUAUUGUGCACAGCAUAAUAAUCUUGAAUCAUUUUUAGUAUAUUUCGAUCAAACUAAUGAUAUUAAUGGAUGCUUUAUUUAUUCGACGAGGUUCAAUAUUCUAUCCCUUUGCGAAUAUUUCCUAUCAAAUGGUGCAAACAUCAAUGAAAAAGAUGAAUAUGAAAGAAUAGCUCUUCAUCAUGCAGCAGAAAAUAAUAGUAAAGAAACAGCCGAACUUCUUAUUUCACAUGGUAUAAAUAUCAAUGGAAAAGAUAAGUAUGGAAAAACCUCUCUUCAUAUUGCAUCACGUUACAAUUAUAAAGAAACAGCCGAACUUCUUAUUUCACAUGGUAUAAAUAUCAAUGAAAAAGAUAAGUAUGGAGACACCGCUCUUCAUAUUGCAUCACUUUACAAUUAUAAAGAAACAGCCGAACUUCUUAUUUCACAUGGUAUAAAUAUCAAUGAAAAAGAUAAAUAUGAAAGAACAGCUCUUCAUUAUGCAGCAGAAAAUAAUAGUAAAGAAAUAGCCGAACUUCUUAUUUCACAUGGUAUAAAUAUCAAUGAAAAAGAUAAAUAUGAAAGAACAGCUCUUCAUUAUGCAGCAGAAAAUAAUAGUAAAGAAAUAGCCGAACUUCUUAUUUCACAUGGUAUAAAUAUCAAUGAAAAAGAUAAUAAUGGAAAAACUGCUCUUCAUUAUGCAGCAAUACAUAAUAGUAAAGAAACAGCCGAACUUCUUAUUUCACAUGGUAUAAAUAUCAAUGAAAAAGAUAAUAAUGGAGACACCGCUCUUCAUAUUGCAGCAUAUUAUAAUAAUGAAGAAAUAGCCGAACUUCUUAUUUCACAUGGUAUAAAUAUCAAUGAAAAAGAUAAUGAUGGACAAACCUCUCUUCAUAUUGCAUCAGGUUACAAUUAUAAAGAAACAGCCGAACUUCUUAUUUCACAUGGUAUAAAUAUCAAUGAAAAAGAUAAGUAUGAAAGAACAGCUCUUCAUUAUGCAGCAGAAAAUAAUGGAAAAGAAACAGCUGAGCUUCUUAUUUCACAUGGUAUAAAUAUCAAUGAAAAAGAUAAUGAUGGAAAAACCUCUCUUCAUAUUGCAUCACGUUACAAUUAUAAAGAAACAGCCGAACUUCUUAUUUCACAUGGUAUAAAUAUCAAUGAAAAAGAUAAGUAUGGAAAAACCUCUCUUCAUAUUGCAUCACGUUACAAUUAUAAAGAAACAGCCGAACUUCUUAUUUCACAUGGUGCAAUAAUAUAA